AAUCCUUGAAUCAUCUCAAAAGCUUCUGACUCCUCACAAACAACUCUUUAUAACCUAAGGGAAAGUAAUACCUCAGCAGCUUAGGAAAAGUGGAGAAUGAAUUCAGUGUUUUUUGUCCUGAUCAUUUUGCCCCUCAUUUACUCCAUUCAUGGUGGAAUAAUUCAUGGCGGACAUGGAGGCGGAGGUGGACAUGGUUUCGUUUUUCACGACGAUGAACUGGAUCAUGGAGCAAGUUUUAUUGGUGGACACGGAGGAGGCCACAAAGGAAUUGGAGGAGGUCAUGGAGGUGGAUUAAUAUUGGGUCAUGGUGGAGGUGGAAAAGUUCUCAUUGCUCAUGAAAUUGGCGAAUAUGGAGGUCACGGAUUAAGUGGUGGUCAUGGUGGCUUGGGCGGUGGCCACGGUGGUGGUCAUGGUGGACUUGGUGGGGGUCAUAUUAGCUUAGGAGGUGGUCACGGUGGUGGCCAUGGUGGACUUGGCGGUGGUCACGGAGGAUUAGGAGGUGGCGGAGAUGUUAUAACUGUGCCUAUAGUGAAGCAUGUACCAGUUGUUAAACACGUUCCAGUUGUGAAAAAUGUAAAAGUUGUGAAACAUGUGCCAAUUGUAAAGCAUGUACCAGUGGUUCAACAUCUUACUGUCAUAACAGGGGGUGGUGGGGGAGGAAGUGGAUUAGGAGGUGGACAUGGAGGAUUAGGAGGAGGACAUGGAGGAUUGGGAGGUGGACAUGGAGGAUUAGGAGGAGGACAUGGAGGAUUAGGAGGAGGACAUGGUGGUGGUCACGGUGGAUGGUGGUGAUUGCUUAAAACGCAAUGCAGUUUUAAUAGCCAUAGUACCGAAAUUCACUUAAGUUUUACACUCAGAGGAAAGUAAUUUGCAUAAUUAUGCACAAUUUUUAAGCUAAAAACGAAAGUAUAAUUUCACAGUUGCAUCGAAUUUUGCGAAACGUAGAAGCUGAAAACGAAUACAUGGAGUUUACUUUUCCUUUGCAAUGCUUCUUUAUUCAAUUUAACCAUAAGUUUUCUUUAAAUAGCAGUUUUGGACUUCUUUUUUGGUAUGACACGACAACCUUGUUGAAUAUUGAUUUUAAAUUCAUGUUAAUUAUGCAAUUCAUAGAUUUACCCGCGAGAUGCAACAAACAUGUCGAUAAGAAUUGAAUUUUUCAUAUCCUUUAAAAAUUACUCUCAUCAGAUUGGUACUGCUUUUAUGUUCCAGUAUUUCAGCAACAUAUUAUAUUAGAAAAUGAAUUGUGAGAUUAAAAUGUUUUGUGAUUUUGCCGUAAAAUCUGCUUCAAUAUGAGAGAAAAAUUGAGAAACUGGGCAUAAUUCCAGACGGAAUCAUGUAUUAUAUUUUAACUGAUUUGUAUCGUUUCAAUGAUAGCACUAUUGAUGCAAGUCUUUGCUUUGCUAUAUGAUAGAAGUUACAGAGCUUCUGAAACCUUUGUAAAUAUCAUUAACUAUAUAUCUGUCAAAUGUUUUGUGAACUAGAUAAUAGUAAUAAAUAUUUCAAUUUAUUUUAUUUAUUUGUGUUUUGACUUAAAAAAUUGUAAUAAAUGUAGUAUUACAA